AAGCUCAGGAGGUGGCUGAAGAAGGGAACGUCCGCCGACGACGUCUUCCAGAAGCUGAAACUGAACCGUGGGGUGGAGUCGAUCGUUGGCAGCCCGAAGCUGGAGACGAUGGCCACGUACGUGCGGGUCUUCAACAAGAAGAACCCCGGACAGGAAACGACUUUGAUGAAGACGAUCACGAACGCCUACGGCGAGGCUGCAGUGGCCAAGGGGCUUGAAGCGGCGGCGAACGUACACAAGACCAAGAGUAACGCGCUGGAGCUGCAGGGUGCGCAGUUCAACCAAUGGAUCGCGAAGGACAUUAAAGUGGACGACGUUUUGCCAAAGGUGUUUCAAGUCGAGUCCAACAGUGCAAGCGCGCUGGAA